CUUAUAAUUAGCUUAGUGAAAAGUAAUAUUAGCCACUCAGAGCUAGUAGCCGGUCUGUCCAGUCUGUUGAAGACUGUACUCAGCUUAGAGCAUAGAGUCAUUCCUGGGAAUCUGAUCAUUGUUAAUCCUAGCCCAAAGAUCGAUUUUGCGGCAUUGCGGUUAUUCACAAACGCAUUAGUAAGCUUAGGAAGCUAG